AAUCUUGGCCACUGCUAGAUCUAGAUCUAGAUGAGUAGUAGUUCUAGAUCUAUUCAACUUAAAUAACUUAAUUAAUAAUUAACAUAGAACUUGGAAGAAGACGGACGCACUGUCGGAAGCAGCUUACUUUAAAAUAUAGAUCUAAAUUCUAAUUAAAUAACUAGAUCUAAAUUUAAGGAUGGUACAUGCAAUUUUUUAAGACAAUGGAGAAAGCAAAACGCACAAGAGGCCAAUUAAAUGACAAGAAGUCUAAAGAUCUGUCAACUGCAGAGCCACCUAGAGCCAAAAGAAAAUAUUCUCAUAAUAAAGUCCAAGGAGAUCCAUCUACUUUAAAGCUUGCUGCAAAGACAUUGGAUUUACCAGUUCAGGAUGGCAAUGCUGAUGCAUUAAAGUUAUCCAUUGGCGAACGAUUACCAUAUGAGUUCUUCAACUGCCCAUGUACCCAGUUGGCACGUCGACUUCUUGGACAGACUUUGCUGCGUCGCAUUGGCACAGAGCUUCUCCUGGGUAGGAUAGUAGAAACUGAGGCUUAUCUGGGAGCUGAGGACAAAGCAGCCCAUUCUUUUAAUGGGAAGAAAACAGAGCGUAAUCAAGCCAUGUUUAUGUCCCCUGGAACCGCCUAUGUUUAUAACAUCUAUGGAAUGUACUGCUGUUUCAAUAUCUCCAGUCAAGGUGAUGGCUGUGCUGUAUUGCUUCGAGCUUUGGAGCCUAUCAGCGGCAUCCAAGUCAUGAGGGACAAUCGGAAAUCAAAAGCAACCGUGAAAGAGAAACAUUUAACUAAUGGCCCUUCUAAAUUAUGCCAGGCUUUCAGUAUAACAAAAGCUGGCUUCAACCAAACCGAUUUGACCACCUCAGAUGAAAUGUGGCUGGAGUAUGGUGGCGAGGUCUCAGAUAACCUGGUUGUGUCGUGUGAGAGAGUAAACAUUGGCUAUGCCGGGGACUGGGUGGAUAAGCCCCUGCGCUUUUAUCUGUUAAACAACUAUUGUGUUAGUGUAAGGAAUAAAGAGGCGGAAAACAAAAUUACUAAAAAGUUAGAAUUCUAAAAGUUUAUGAAACUAAAAUGUAACUACAAAUAGCAUUAGACCACAAGUCUUUCAGAAAAACACAUUGUAAACAGUGAACUCCGUCAUAUAGCAUCAGGAUGGUAAUAAAAAUAAACUUUAUCUGCUACACUGUGGUUUUUAAUUGUGUAUGUGUGUUUCUACUUGCCUACCUAACAUGAUGUACAGUGUUACUUAUGCAAAGAAAAAAUCCACACUACAGAAGGAAAAUAUAAAAUGGUGUUCGCAUUUGUGUAAACAAUGGCAUAACGUACCUACUAGCAGAAGCUUGAGCCUAAUGUAGCCAUACAGGCUAAUGAAAAGUUCAGGAUUAUUAGUUUACAUGCUGGAAAAGUCAUUGUAUAUCUGAAUGUUUGGUAUAAACUUUUUUUACGAAUAAAACAAAUAAUGAUUAAACUGAAUAUAUAGCUCAUUUUUAUUCUGACAUACUGCACCUACAGUAUUGUAUAUGUUCAAUGAAAACAUUGAUUAUUGCAUUAAAA